GUUGACGUCACUGUAGAAAAAGGAAGCUCACUUCAGUCUGUGUGUAGUUCCUCUAUGCACUUUUCCUCUGUCGUUGUAACUCUGUAACGAUGAGACUUCAAAUCCUUGUUAUCCCAUUCCUCCAAGUGGCACUAGUGGCACUAGUCGACUCCCUCAGGGAAGUCUCUGGGUACCUUGGGGAUACCGUUACCUUGCUGUCAGGAGCCGACCCAUCAUGGAAUCUUUCCACUGUCGACUGGUCGAUAUUCUCAAACAACACUUGGAUUGCCACCUAUCGCAAUGGGAAGGAAAACCUUGAACGGUUAGAUCGGUAUAAAGGGAGACUCAGUCUCAACAUCUCCUCAGGUGACUUGAAGAUCUAUAAUUUGACCACAGAGGAUGCCAUGGAAUACACUGUAGACCUCAUCAAUACUGAGGUACAGGACAGCGUAAACAAGAUCAAGCUGACAGUGAGAAAACGCCUCCAGGAACCGACCAUACAGACUGUCACCUGUAGAUCUAUAGAAGGAGGCAGUUGGAUCGGGCUGUAUUGUUCUUCAAAGGAUAAAGAUGUGACCUUCUCCUGGGAGGUUAAACCUCCCAGUAUGACUGUCUUCACCAUGAGUCAUCCCAAUGGCAGCUCUGCAGGUCUUUUAGCAUUUGUCAACACCACGCAGAACCUUGUCGAAUUCACCUGCACCUCCAGCAGGCAUACGGAGAGCACCUCAAGUGUUGUCACUGGUAACUGUGAUGAUGAGAAGCUUCUGCCUCAGCCCCAGCCACUUCCUCAGCCAAGGUCUAGAGAUGGAGUUGUUUUUUUCAUAGGAUGCAUCCUGGGAGUUUUGCUGACAGCAACUAUAACAUACUUGUUCGGAGAAAAAAUCAAAGAUGCAUGGCAAUGCUUUAAAGAAAACCUUCCAUUCAAAAAAUAAUCACUUCCGUUUUGACUGUCCCAAGGUUUGUAGCAAUGAGUGGUAACGCAACGUCAUGAUUUUGUUUCUCUCUCACAUUUAGCUUGACAACUAUAAAAGACAUAAACAUUUCAAGAAGCCAGGAUGACUACACCACUGAAACAUCAACAAUUUCUCAAUGCUUACAGCAUUCGUGUAGUAUUAGGAUUAGCGUGUAAAGCUCAUAAAUCAGUAUUUGAAAAAUAGCAUUCUGUAUAUUUUUUUUAUAAAGUGAAAGCAGGACCACAUGAAUGAACAAAAUGAAUUUAUUUUGAGAAAAUCUGCAGAGUUUGGGCACAAUGUAAUGAAACAACUCUCCAAACUACUACUAAAAAAAUCAGGGGAACCAACACAGACCCACCAAAAGUCUAAGUGAUAGUAAUUACAUUUUAUUGCAGUUAAUAAUACUGAGUCUACCUCAUGUAUAUUUUCAAGUGCAUUUUAUACAUCUCUGAUGCAAAACCGUCAUAUCUAAUUUUUUUAUUUUCUGUUUCUCAUGUCUUGUGGUUAUUGUCUGCCUUAGUGUUUUCUAUUUUAUUAUUCUGUCACAUGUAACCCAUUUAUUUCUUUUAUCUGUAAAACACUUUCUAACUUUCUAUUAUGAUGAUUAUGUUAUGUAGUUUUACUUCUUGUACUAGAUAGACGUAUAUAUAGACAGAUAUAUUAUGUUGUAUCAGUAUUUGUUGUAACAAUUGUAAAUUUUAUGGCCGUUAAAUGUUUUGUAUCUUGUAUUUUCACUGAAGUAGUGUAAAUAUACAUGUUAAAUAUAAAUGUUACUGUUACAGUAGUUAAAGGCACAUUAAAAGAAUAUGAAUUUGAUUAAAUAAAUAUUUUCACCUAA